AUGCUAUCUUUUGAUAAUCUCAUACAACAAUUAUUUUAUCGUUGGGGUUCCAUUGCUUAUCGCUGGCGACUCAUUUUAUUUAUUGGGCCAAUCUUGUUGACAAUAGCACUUGGCUUUGGAUUUUUGUUUAUCAAAGAACAGACAACAAUUGAUCCGGAAUAUGUUUUCUCACCAGAAAAUGCGCAAUGGCGUUACGAGAAAAAAGUGCUAAGUGAGCACUGGCCUUUAAAUGAACAGGAAUUUUGGCCCGGAAAAAGUUACGACUAUACAGGAUAUGUGGAUAUUAUAGCAGCCGGAAUAAAGCAUCCCAAAUUUGGCCGACCAAAUAUGCUGGUGUUGAAGUAUUUAGAUGAAUUAGAACGGAUCAAUCAGUAUAUUAUUCAUAAUGUUACAAUAUCAGUCACACACAAUAAUAUAGCAUAUGAAGUUGGUUUUACCGACUUAUGUAUGUCAUAUGAUUGGAAAUGUUUCAUGAAUGAACAUUUGACAAUGCUUAUGCCAAAGGAACGAUGGGGAAAUUUUGAUCCAAAAUUAGCCGAAUUCACUAAUGAUAUAAUCACUAAUGAGGUUAAAAUAACUUAUCCAAUCGGUUGGCGAGGAACUGAACCAAUCUAUUUUGGUGCAUUGAUUGGUGCACCACAUAUCAUUGAUGAAGAAGGUCAUUUCAAUUAUGUCCGAGCUAUUAGACUUACAUAUAAUGUACGGGAUGAAAAAAUUGGUAAUAUCAGUUAUUUGUGGCGCAAAAAGGUUGCCGAUUUCUUAUCUAACGUCAAAAAUCCGGCAUCUAACAUCUUGGAAUUCGGUAUGUUCCAUAAUGAAAGCUUACCGGAAGGUUUGCAAGAAGUUGCUGAUUCAUUGUCACCAAAAUUUGCAAUAACUUGUAUUGUUCUAUUUUCACUUUGCGGAUUAAGCGCUAUUGUCUUGUACAAACAUGAAGAUGGAUUUAUUGCAAUCGAUUGGGUACGCAGUAAACCCGCAAUAGCAUUAGCCGGUUUAUUUUGUCCUUUACUUGCAAUUAUAAGCGCAUUUGGUUUAAUUUUAUGGAUGGGUUCCUUAUAUAAUGCUGUUGUCAACGUAUCACCAUUUAUCAUCUUUUGUAUUGGUGUAGACGAUAUGUUUAUAAUGAGCGCAGCUUGGCAUCGAACCAAUGUUGAACAGGAUGUGUCACAUCGUUUGUCCGAAUCACUUGCCGAAGCAGCAGUUGCAAUAUCAAUAACAACAAUUACUGAUAUGUUAACCUUUGGCAUUGGCUGUUUAACAACAUUACCAAGUGUACAAAUGUUUUGCUUUUACACAUUUAUGGGUAUAACAUUCACUUAUCUUUACCAAUUAACAUUUUUCACUGCUGUUAUGGCAUAUAGUGGAAAACGGGAAGGUAACGGAUUGCAUGCGAUAACAUUAAAGCCAAUUAUCAAUCAGGAAUUAGCCGAUACUUUAUUUAAAAAAGUAUUCCUAACGGGUAGUGUGCCAUCAAAGGUGACAAUUUCAACAAAUAAUACAUCCUCAAAGAUACAAUCGGAAAUUGUGCAAGAAAAUGUGACAAGAAAUGAAAAGAUGAUGGAAGAUGUGAAAAUAACAUUAAGCCAAAAAAUGCAUAAAAAAUUUAUACAUUUUAAACAAAACUUCAGUAAGGAGCUACCAAAAUCGAAGCAUCGUGAAACAAUGAUUUCAAAAAUAUUCCGUGAAUAUUACGGUUCUUUCUUGCUUGAUUCUUUUACCAAGAAAGUUUUUAUUUUCAUUUACAUCAUCUAUCUAUCAUUUGCAAUAUUGGGUUGUACGAUGUUGGAGGAAGGUUUGAAUCCAAAAUUCCUUGUUUUGGAUUCAUUUUAUCUCAGCAAAUUUUACAUAUUAAUGGAUGAAACGUUUUGGGAAGAAGGUCUACAGAUGCAAGUUGUGGUAAAUUCACCACCUGAUCUAUUCAAUCCGAAGGAAAGAAAAGAAUUCCAGAAUAUGCUGGAUGAUUUCGAGAAUACAGAAUAUACGAUGCGACAUAAUGCAACAAUGAUAUGGCUUGAUGCUUAUGAAAGAAAGCUCAAGGAGGAUUAUGAUUUCUCAAAGAUUCCAUUACCAGACACAAGUCAAAAAUGGUAUCAACGAUGUCGUGAAUGGUUGAUAUCAGCUGGUGGACGACGUUUGUGGGAAAAGGAUAUGGUUUGGGGCAAAAAUGAAAGUGAUCCGAAAUCCUAUAAUCACCUGUUUGCAUUUCGUUUUCAACUUGGACUACGAAAUUACAAAACGCCAACUGAUCAUAUGCGAAGUGCGAUUUUGAUGCGGAAAAUUUCUGCCAAAUAUGCAAAAUUCAAUGUCACUACUUUUCAUGAAUACUAUCCAUUCGCAGAUCAGUAUAUUGAACUGAAACCAGCACUAAUUCGGAAUUGUCUGUUAGCUAUGUUAUCCAUGCUUAUCGUAUCAUUUAUCAUGAUUCCAAGUUGGAUAGCUGCAUUUAUCAUUGCGUUCGCAAUCUUCAGCAUUGAUAUUGGUGUAAUUGGUUUUAUGACAUUCUGGGGUGUACGUCUAGAUAGUGUAUCAAUAAUAACAGUUAUUAUGAGCAUUGGUUUUGCCGUUGAUUUAUCAGCACAUAUCGGUUAUGCAUAUGUGAAAUCAAAUGGAGAACGACAUGUGAAAGCAAUCAGUGCAUUAGAAACCAUUGGAUGGCCUGUUUUUAUGGGUGCUUUAUCAACAAUAUUUGGUAUUUUGGUACUUGCAACAGUUCAAGCAUAUAUCGUGCAAAUCUUUUUUAAAACAAAAGGUGAAGCGGAACGACCAAAGUAUAUACCAAUUCGACGUAGCAGUGCACUUAAUGGUCGUUAA